UCCUGGACAAACACUGGAUUUUUUCGCCGCGUUCAGGGCAUUGCUGGAGACGGUGAGGCUGAUGAAGCGGAAUCCUUAUAGUCAACUAUCAUCAUACGACGAUGAGGAUUGCAGGCGUACGAGCGCGUACCCCUAUGACUUGGAAGACAGCCCGUCUGCAGCGCUAUUGGACGACGGCCUCUUGCGCACCAAGCACCAAGAUCGUCGCGGAAGACUCCCGUACUGUAAGGCGGUCGCCUUCGUUAUGCUGGCAUGUGCUGCGUACAUCUUGUUUAGGGUGAUGGACUGGGGAUUUUCGCCUGAAGAGAAUGUGCUCGAUGAUAAGACAGAUUUCGGAACGGCCUUGGGUUGCUUCGACGUACCUUCCUUCUACCUGUCUUCCGAGGUCGUGAGGUACGCCGUACCUCUGGGCGAAGACGCGGCCCACGCCCUCGACGUCCACGGCGAUGCUGCCGGAUCCAUAACACUCGCCGUUGGUGACGCGGACGCAACUGAGGUUAUGUACGAACUCAGCUUGCGCACCAAUAAUACCCAACUCCUCGACCUCGUUUCGGUCCGCCGGCCACAACCUGAACUCGGUGAUGAUCGCAUGCUCUUCACUACGGUCCCCCUUUCCAAAGGCGACACCUCUUGCGCCCGCUUCGACAUGGUCGUGCGCGUCCCGCCCAAUCUCAAGAAGCUACACGUCGCGUCGCACAGUACAACCCACGUCCGCUUCGCCCCAGGCGCCGAAAUCCGUCUAGAAACCCUGUUCGUGACGCUGUUCGACAUGGACUCACGCAACCGCAUCCUCCCCGACCUAGCGCUGCAGGCCGACGCGAUAUCGCUCGAGGUAUACAGCGGUGGGAUCCUUGGCGCCAUCGCAGUCGUCGACAAGGCGAGCUUGAAGACUCAGCGAGGAGACGGACACCUGCACAUUGAUGCCCAUCCUGUUCCGCGCGGCGGCGACCCCGUUUCCUUUAGCACGCUGACCGGAGAGGGAAGUACGAACAUAACAUGGAUAGGGGAUAGCGCGGCUGAGCACAGGCCGAUCCGAGGGACGCACAUUUCGUCGCGCGGUGGAGACGUGCGUCUGGAUUAUCGCAGCGCAGAUUUCGAGGGUUUGGUGCAAUUGGAUUCGAAGACAUACUCUGCGAGCGCACUGCAGGCGAUCGAGCAGCCGAGGGUAGAGGAAGGGAGUGGUGAGGGUGGCAUGCCGUCCGACCCGCGAUGGACGCACUAUGCGGGCGAUCGGGAGGGUGAGGACCGUCUGUAUAUCGAGUCAAGCGGCUGGACUGGGCUGUAUAUCUGAGUGGGGUGGGUAGCUUGACGCGAAUAGAAGACGACAUGGUAUCAGGCA